AUGAACACAAGCGUGGGUACAGACAACUCGGAGGAUAGUGCCCACUCGCCGGACACUUCCCCAGUUGCAUCGCCAGCUUCAGAUGCUGGCAGCAUCACUACGGUUGCAUCUUCAAACACGGCGUCUUCGACAUCGUCCCAUACAAUCACUGCCUGCGAUGCAAGUGAAACUUCGGUUCCGAUCCGCGCCACUCAGAAGAACAGGCGAUCCGUCUCGGUCAAGACCAAAAAGUCAAAGGUGCGCAUGCAUCUGUCGCCGUCUUCCAAGAGACCAUCCCCCGAAAGGUCAAUCCUCAAAAAGAAGAGCGACCCUGCGCCGCCCCCUUUGGACCCCCGAGCAUUCCCCAGGCUGUCACCCAGUCAACUCCCGGAGAACGCUAUCGACGAUGAUGAUGAGGAAGAGGAAGACAUGCUCCCUCCAGCGUCCCUUAUUGCGGUCCUUCCAGUAAAGUCGAAGCCCGGAUCCAGGGGCUCUUCCACCUCGGGGAAUAUGAGGCUCCCACGGCAUCCCAGAAACCUCAACUAUAAAGGACAGGACCAGUGGCAAAAAGUGCCUGAACGGGCGCCCAAUCGCCCUUCCAACCCCAGACAUGAUCAAGGGUUACAAAUCGACUUGGCCGGUGAAGCCCAUGCGGUCGGCCGAUUACUUCGCACACAGUCGGAUACAACAGUGCCUGGCCUGAGAAAUGCUCAAGCCCCGCCAGUGCCAGCCAAUGGCCUGCACAUAUAUGGAAGCAAUCCAAGCUGCAACCCAACAGGUAAUAAUAUUCUCCCCUUCUCCCGACAACCGUCGUCAAGAUCGCAACCCGUUGAGUACGACGCCGAUAAACCGCUGCUGCGUGUUGUCGGAUUUGAGUAUUCGCCGAAGCGGUCGCUGUCGGAUCCAGAGUUCCGCUCGUCCCUUGUCGUCGAAGCUAUGACGCGGUCCCCCGCUAUAAUUACGGACGAAGUCCCCAGGCCGCUCUUCGAGCUCGCUCCAGGAUGGGGUGAGCAGCCUCGCAAGGCACCUCCAUCGCCCGCCGAGUCCGAUAUGCGAAGGGCUGCCAAGAGCCAGGCCGGCCAGUUCGGGGAGGUCACCAUGACUCCUUUCCGCGGUAAGAGACGAGCGCGCGAUUCGGUUUCGUCUGGCAGUGUGGACGAGCUCUACCUGGCGUCCGAGCGGGCGGCAAUGAGGUUAAUCUUCUCGGCCCUGCCCAACAGGUUUUCCGCUGAAAGAGAUGGGUCCUCUCCCUGCGGACCUCGACCGUCGUCCGCUUGGCGAAGGCUGGGCUUGGCCGCAGGCGGCGCCGGCGGAUGGCCCUUCGAGAAGCUCCGCGAAUCACUGCCCAGACCCAAGACGGCAACGGGGACGACGACCACCACCACCUCCUCCUGGGUCGGCGAUGAAAAGCAGAGGCCCGUCAUCACCAGAGCAGCCACUCCGCUCGACUGGCGACCUUCCACCGCUGCAGACAGCCACCACCACCACCACCACCUCUCACGCAAGUUCAGAGAGGGCGGCUUCCACGACCGAGUUGCCCACGGCGCAACCAAGAUCGGCUCGCUGUACCGCCGGAGCAGCACUAGCCAUGGCAGUGGCUCCUUGAUCCGCUCCGCUGAACGGAGCCCCAUUAGUCCUCUAGAGCCCAUCCCCGAGGUGCAGUCCAGCCUGCCCUCAUCUUCCAACGUUCGGAUCAAAUGGGCCGACGAGCAGCGCGAAUCAGUUGAGGAUCAGGAACAGGGCGAGCAGGCGAGGGAACAAACAUGCGCCAAGUCAGACUCUAUCAAGCCAGACCAAGAGUUACAGAGCUCAACCUCUGCCCCCGACACUACCACGGCAUCCCGACGCCCCUCGAGGCCAUUUACGAUUGAUAGGAGCGGGAGGAGGCCCUCGGGCGGGCUCGUCGCCAGAUCAAUCGCCGAGGUCCAAAUCGCCGAGCCGCGAGGGACCAAGUUCGGGCCCUUGCCGACCGCCGCCACGCUCCUCCGGCCCGUCGCGCCGCCCGCCUCCACGGCGUCGUCCGAAGCAGCCGCGACACCGACGACAACGACAUCUUCCACCUCUCCCGCCUACACCUUUGAUAGCAUGAACCCGCUCCCGGCGCUGAAGCGGGCAAUGUCGGAUCUACUUCCGAGCAGGCCGACGCACGCCUACGACGCGCUGCUCGACAACUACGCGCCCGAGCAGCCCUUUCGCAUCCAGUGGCGUCGCGGCAGCGUCGACGGCCAGCCAAUGCCCGAGACCACGUACAUGGCAUCGCCGCCCAUCCGGUCGAGACGCGGCUCCGCCUCCACGCUCCCCUUGUCGCUGGAGCCCACCACCAGCGCCGUGGCUGCUGGUCCGCUGCCUGGCGCAUCGCACCCGGCCCGACAGUAUACGACCGAGUCCAGGGUCAUUGGGUGGCUCAGCCAGCAACACUAG